AAUAAAAACGAAAUCACAAAUGUACAAAGUAAAAAGCAAAACAUAAAAGUAAAUACAGCUACACUGCAAAAAUCGUAGAGCGUGUUCAAGCAGCGCCGCAUGCAGACGAAUACAAACACGCAAGCACACACACACACACACACACAGACACACGCACACACAUACAUAUAGACAGACACACACAGCGCUAGAGAUUGGCCAAGUGCAAGCGAAAAAAAGUUUGCGCUGCUGCGCCCAAAAAUAGAGUAAAAUGUGCAUACAGUUGUUGUUGUUGUUGUUGUAGCUGCUGCUGCUGCUGCUGCUACUGUUGCUGUAAGGCAGGAUAAAACUGAAACUAACCUACAUUUUCGCGCUCUUUCGCACACUCACACACACACUAACACACUGAGACACACACACACAGCAGCAAAGUGUGACGCGCUAGCUCUCGCUCUCUCGCGCUUCCCGUCGCAUAGCGAAGCAGCUAAAAAGAAAUCAACAGUAAAUUGUAAUAACACUUCUCAGCGCUAAGGUGUGUGUUGCUGUUUCUUUGUGUGUGUGUGUGCGUUAGUAUGUGUGUCAAACAAUGUGCGUGCUAACGUAGUUUUUGUUGUUGUUGCCUGCCUGCUUGCCUUGGCUGCUUGCUCGCACUUCCUUGGCCAACAUUGUUGCACAGACAUUGCGACGAUUGCGCGACUAAAAUAAAAAUGUAAUUAAUGUAAAAUACACACACACACACAUACACACGCAUGUCUGGCUAACAACAAUAAUAAUAAUCAUUGUAAUAGCAAACGCAAUAACAAAACAAAAGUGUGCCCAGCCGCAAAAAGAGUGAAGUAGCCGCAAAGGCAAAGCCCAAAGCAAAGCUUAAAGUGCAAAAGAAAAUGUGAACGCGUCAACUUUGCAUGCACAAGCGUAUGCGUGUAAAAAUAGUAACUAGUGCAUGCUAAAGUCUAUAUAUAGUAUAUAUAUGUGUAUGUGCUCAGUGUUGUGUUGUGUUGUUGUUGUUUAACGAUUACAUAAAUCAAAUAAAGGCAGCGGCAGCAUCUGCUGCUUACGCUACGCGUAGCUGCAAUAAAAAGCAAUUAGCUUGCAUAUAUUUCAUUUUAAGCCACAGAGCCGCAGCCCCAUCAACAACAAGAAGAACUCAAGCACAAAAUGUAAGGCGAGGCACAAUCAAGGCAACAAAGCAAAGCAAAGCAACAAGAAGCGCCGAGUCGCAGACAAAAGAAACAUUUUGUGCUGAGCGAACCCAGAACAGAGCAGAGCCAAUGCCGCUGCCAUUAUUGAAACGAGACGUAGUAUAUACUCAUCAUCAACUUGGCGGAGAUUUGCAUAAAGCUAUAGCCUGAGCGAGCGAGCGAGCGAGCGAGUGAGCGAAAGGCAGCGACAUGCAUAAGCCGCACGUGAUAAGCACAACCAAUGCACAACCACUAAGCAAUGUUAACAAUGGCGACAAUAUUAACUAUAAACACGACGAUCUCAAACUGAAACUGAAACUCAAUUCGCACUUGAUGUGUGCAUAGAUGCGCUAAACUGUGCGUGUGUAAAGGAGCACACACACACAGACACAGAGACACACAGCAAUACACCGACAAUUUAAAAGCAAAUCAAAGCGAGUCAGCAAUAGCAAACUUAAGGCGUAAGCGUAAGCGAGUGAGCGACAUGCAGCGGCGAUAAAAGCGCAAGGCAGCAGCAAAGGCAACGGUAAAGGAGAUAAACGACGACAAUCAGUCAAAAUGAGUGAUGAUCAACAAGCGGCGGCGGAUGAAAAAGUUGCCAAACAUCAAGUUGUUGCCUACACGCAAAAGUCGCAGGUCAAGCACGAGAAUCGUCACAUUCAAUUGGUGCGCGAGUAUGGCUUUCAUCCGCGCACCAAGGCCUCCGUGGAGGAUGGCGAUGUGUUGCCUAGAAAGUUCGAGCCCUUUCCGGAGAAUAUGUACGGCAAGCCGCUCGAGGAGAUUGACACCUUCAUAUACGAGGAGACAUUUUGUGUUGUGUCCAAGCGAUUCCGCAAGAACUAUAUACACCGCUUUACAGGGACAAAGAGUUUAUUCCUUUUCCAUCCAUGGAGUCCCUGGCGACGCGUGUGUGUCUACAUUGCAACGAAUCAAUUCUUCGACUAUUGUGUUAUGGCAACCAUUCUAUUCAACUGCAUAUUCCUAGCCAUGACCGAGACUGUGGAGGAAGCUGAGUACAUCUUCCUAGCCAUUUACUCAAUUGAGAUGGUAAUCAAAAUAAUUGCCAAAGGCUUUUUGCUCAACAAGUACACGUAUUUGCGAAAUCCAUGGAAUUGGCUGGACUUUGUGGUCAUAACCAGCGGUUAUGCGACCAUUGGCAUGGAGGUGGGCAAUCUGGCGGGAUUGCGGACGUUUCGCGUGCUGCGCGCACUUAAAACCGUUUCUAUAAUGCCUGGUUUAAAGACUAUUAUCAAUGCAUUGCUGCAUUCCUUUCGCCAAUUGGCUGAGGUCAUGACGCUGACAAUAUUCUGCCUUAUGGUGUUUGCGCUCUUUGCGCUACAGGUGUAUAUGGGUGAGCUGCGCAACAAAUGCGUGCGCACUGUGCCCGCUGAUUGGAAUAACGUCUCGCAUCUGGACUGGCAAAUUUGGGUUAACGACACGGACAAUUGGCUAUACGAUGAGGAUGAACUGCCCAUGCUGUGCGGCAAUUUGACUGGCGCACGUCACUGCCCUCUCGGCUUCAUGUGCAUAUGUGUUGGCGAGAAUCCCAAUCAUGGCUACACAAACUUUGACAACUUUAUGUGGUCCAUGCUAACAACUUUCCAGCUCAUUACGCUGGACUACUGGGAAAAUGUUUACAAUAUGGUGCUAGCCACUUGCGGUCCCAUGAGCGUAUCCUUCUUUACAGUGGUUGUAUUCUUUGGCUCAUUCUAUUUGAUUAAUCUAAUGCUGGCCGUAGUUGCCUUGAGCUAUGAGGAAGAAGCCGAAAUAACAAACGAGGAACGCAAAAAAGAUUUGCUGGAUCAUCGCGAUGAUUCUACAUUUAGCUUUGAUCCCUCAGUGCUCAACGUCAAGAAACUAAAUAAAAACAGCAAGAAAAAACUUGAUUCACGCAAAGGUGUGUUAUUGGCCUCCUAUAGCAAGAAAAAGACGCGUCGAAAAAAGGUCAAAGGUGCUAAGGAUAAUAUCAGCACCAAUGGCAGCAAUGGCGUUGAGCAGGAGCGUAAUAGAUCGAACUCGGCGACGCCUAGUCCAGGCCCUAGUCCACGUCACAGCGCUGUGGAGCGUCCUUCGGCAUUAACGCUGCAGGCUCAGCAACAAUACCAGGAAAUGGAGCUACAGCAGCAGCUGGUGAAGGCGGAGCCAGCAAGCACACCGCCGCAGCAACAAAAGUCACGCAUAAGCUUUAAGGAGAGCAAUGUAAAGAAUCCCAAUAUGCUGUAUCCUUCAGACUACAAGGGCCAGCUGAUGACAAGCAGUCGUCAGACCAGCUCAAAUUCCAGUGGCGGUGGUGUGAAUCGCGAGUCUUCACAGGACGACUCGGGAGUUGUGGAUGAUCAUGAGGAGCAGGAUACGGUCAAUGAAAUGGGUCAUGUAUCUACAGUGGAGCUAGCGCUAUCGCCACGAGAGGUGCGGAUCAUCAAAUGCAAUGGCAAUAUAGCGCGCAUAAAGAAUCAUAAUGUUUAUGCGCUGCAUCAAGAGUUCUCCUCCGAGGUGGUGGUCAUAGAUGAUCUACCAGAUCGCAAUUGCGAUCGCUGCAUACACUGCUGCGCCGACUAUGAAAGCUGGCUGCAAUUCCAAAAUUGUCUUUAUAAAGUGGUGCGUGAUCCGCUCUUCGAACUGGCCAUAACGCUCUGCAUUGUGCUCAACACAGCAUUUCUGGCCAUGGAGCAUCAUGGCAUGAGUGAAAGCUUUCGCAAUGCGCUGGAUGUGGGCAAUAAGGUGUUUACAUCAAUCUUUACAUUCGAAUGCAUUGUUAAACUGAUGGCGCUAUCAAAGGACUUUUUUCUCUGCGGUUGGAACAUAUUUGAUUUGAUUAUUGUUACGGCUAGUUUACUAGAUAUUAUAUUCGAGCUUGUGGAUGGUCUCAGUGUGCUGCGUGGUCUGCGCUUGUUGCGUGUUUUGAAGCUGGCACAAUCUUGGACGACGAUGAAGGUGCUGUUGAGCAUUAUUAUAUCAACAAUUGGUGCACUCGGCAACCUCACGUUGAUCCUUGUCAUAGUCAUUUAUAUAUUUGCUGUCAUUGGCAUGCAAUUAUUUUCCAAAGACUAUACGCCUGAGAAAUUUGACCCAGACCCAGUGCCAAGAUGGAAUUUCAAUGAUUUCUUUCAUUCAUUCAUGAUGAUAUUUCGCAUUUUAUGUGGCGAAUGGAUUGAGCCUCUAUGGGAUUGUAUGCGAGCCGAGGAGGAGCAAGGUGCCUCCACAUGCUUUGCCAUAUUUCUGCCCACUUUGGUCAUGGGAAAUUUUAUGGUGCUCAACUUGUUCUUGGCCUUGUUGCUCAACAGCUUCAAUUCCGAGGAACUCAAGUCCAAAAAAGAGGAGGUGGGCGAGGAGUCCAAGCUGGCGCGCAGCAUAGAACGCGUGCGUGACUUGAUAAGAAAAAAGCGGCAGGAGCGCAAGGAUCGCAAGGAGCGAAAAUUUGCAGAAAAGUUUCAGCAAAUUGUGCUCGAGGCGCAGCAGGCGCAUGCGACAACGGUGGCGGCCAGAGAGCUGGAGAAGCCUGGACUGCUGGCGGAAACUAAAUUCCAUAGAUUGAGCUAUCAGGAGUCUAUGAACCGGCCAGUUUCAGGCUCGGACUUUGGCUUUCAAAUUCCGCUCAGCGAUGGCCUGCACACCAUAGUCGAUGGUCUGGAAUAUGAGGAGAGCGAGCAGGCGGCAAGCCAGCAGGAACAGCAGCUGUCGCCUCAGCCAGCUAGAGAUUGCUUGCCGCCCACCUACGAAUGCGCCAUGCUGUCCGCCGCCUCGAGCAAUUGCAAUGGAAAUGGUAAUGGUAGCGAUCAUAAUCUAACGCCCUUUGGCCAAGCGGAGCGCAAUCGGCUGCAGCAUCAAAUCUCCUCGGGCGUGGGCACGCAGCAGAAUGAUUCGCGCGACGAGGCGACGUAUACAGAGUCCAUAGAGCUGCGUCUGCUGGGCCAGUACAAUUCCACAGACACGGAUCCGUAUGCCUAUGCGGCGGAUCAGCGCAGCGGCUCCUUGGCGCGUGGCGAUUCACUGCAGGACACUGACGAGGCUUAUCUCAAGUAUCAGAAAUCGCUGUUGACGCGUUCACCCAGCUACCGCAAGUCGCUGGAUCGGCUGUCGCAGUCCAGUGGGCAGUCGCAACGCUCGCUGCUGCCUUCGCGCAGUCUUAAGUCGGAGGAGGAGAGCGCCAUGCGCCGGCAUUCAAGCGGGCAUUCAUUGAACUCCAUAUCAUUGGAGCAAGAUGAGCUGCUGUCACAGGCAAAUCUACGCGAGGAGCUGCUCAAUUGCGAUCAAAAGGAACUGUUUCAGUUUUUGCAGGACGACGAGCAAGUGCAGCCAAGCAAGUCCAAGCUCAGCUAUAUAUCCAAUGCCAUAAUGCACAGUCAGGCGCAUGGUCAGCAGGAGCGUGAGCCGCUUAUGGAGCACUCUGAAUUCGAUAAUAUUAUUCAGAGCUUUGAAAAGGAGCUGGAGGAGAUAAAGCGCUCAACCAGCUCGCUGGAGCGCAAGAUUUGCACAUUGUCUGAGCCCUCGCCCGCUGCCGAUGAAGCCACCAAGGCUAUAAUGGAGCACAUUGCUGUUAUUACAGGCGCCUCGGAGCGCACAGCAGCCGAUGAGGUGGUGCAUCCGCUAAAUCCCUAUGACAGCUAUGAUUUGUCCAGCGUGCCGCGACGCUCGCACUCGGUCAGCGCCGCUGCACAGCGUCAGUCUGUCAAGCUCAAGCGUCGCAGCCUGGAGAAGCAGCGCAAGAUCGAUGAGGACUUUAGCAUCUCCAAUGAGAUACGUAAAAUCUGUGAUCAAAUACACGCACCCUUUGCUGCCAUGGAGGCGCUAGCAGUAGCAGCCACUGGCAACGCAGCCAGUGGUGGACACUCGCCGUUCAUGCGGCGCAAGACGGAUCCGUUCAGUGUGCAGUUCGAUCGCUUCAAGCGUCUGUCGCUCAUCGAGCGCGUGGACGAGCUGCCCGAGGAUGAUAAGCCCAUUUCCACGCUGCGCAUUGAGUCGGAGAAGAUGCCGCGCAAGUUUCUCAACAGCGAGAAGCUGCGCAUGGACAGUCUAUCGCUGAAGAGCACCAAUUCGUAUGAGAAUCUGCUGAUACAGAAGCAGCAGCUCUGCCGCGAUGCAGUGCGUCCGCUGUCAAGUGUGCCGGCCACGCCGCCCACGUCACUCAAAUCGAGCAUUGAGCCGCCGACACUGGCGCAAAUUUCAUCGCUAAAGGCAACACCGCCGCUGGCUGCUCUAACGGAGCACCAACAGCACUAUCAUGCCACAAACCACGAAUCACUUGCAAUUGCAACCACAGCAGCCGCCGCCGCCGCCAUGCACCCAACGGCUGUGAGCGCUGUGGGCGCCUCGAAGCGUCGCAGCGCCGAGCAUCCACAAUCAAGACUAGACAAAGCCGCUUCCUUUCAGUCAGCGCGCACCGAGUCGCACAGCUCGGGUGCGGCAGACAACAGUUCGUCGCACGCCGCCGGCAAAUUACACCUGUCCAAUGGCCAACAUCAAGCACGUGCUGGUGAGAAGACUGAGCUGCCAGCUGAAAUGCAGGCGGCGUCAAGCGCCAGCAAACCGUCGGCGUUUACACGACUGACUGAAAAACCAUGGCAUUGUUUGGUUUCCUACGUAGACGAUCUCACUGUCGGUGGGAGACGUAACUCGCAGGGCGCUUACAAUGAUCCCAUGACUUUUCCCAGCUAUGGACAGGCUAAGCCGCCCAAGGUGCCCGACGAUUGCUUCCCGCAAAAGUGUUACGAACACUUUUACUUUCGUUGUCCUUGGUUCAUGUCCUGCAUGGACACGCCAAGUGCCAAGCAUUGGACGCGCGUUAGGACGGCAGUCUUGACGGUUGUCGAUACUCCAGCCUUUGAGUGGUUUGUGCUAGUGUUGAUCUUUGCGUCGAGUAUUACGCUCUGCUUCGAGGACAUUUACUUGGACAGCAACAAGACGCUGAAGCGCGUGCUCUACUGGACUAACUUCAGCUUCUGCCUGAUCUUCGUUGUGGAAAUGGUGCUCAAGUGGCUGGCGCUAGGAUUUUCCAAAUACUUUACCAGCUUCUGGACUAUACUUGACUUUAUUAUAGUGUUUGUAUCUGUGUUCUCGCUGCUCAUUGAGGAGAAUGAGAAUCUCAAGGUAUUGCGCUCAUUGCGCACACUACGCGCCCUGCGUCCGCUCAGAGCCAUCUCCAGGUGGCAAGGAAUGCGGAUUGUAGUAAAUGCUCUCAUGUAUGCAAUACCAUCAAUUUUCAAUGUACUUUUGGUUUGUUUAGUUUUUUGGUUAAUUUUCUCAAUAAUGGGUGUGCAAUUCUUUGGUGGUAAAUUUUUCAAAUGCGUCAAUGAAUUGGGCGAAUUGCUGCCAACUACUGAGGUGAAUGACAAGUGGGACUGCAUAGCUCAGAACUAUACGUGGAUCAACUCGAAGAUUACGUUUGAUCAUGUCGGCAUGGGCUAUCUGGCGCUGCUGCAGGUGGCCACCUUUGAGGGCUGGAUGGAGGUCAUGGCAGAUGCAGUCGAUGCACGCGGUGUGGAUCUGCAGCCGCAACGGGAGGCCAAUUUAUAUGCGUAUAUUUAUUUUGUUAUAUUUAUUGUGUGCGGCUCGUUCUUUACACUCAAUCUGUUCAUUGGAGUUAUUAUUGAUAAUUUCAAUAUGCUCAAGAAGAAGUAUGAAGGAGGAGUGUUGGAAAUGUUUCUCACCGAAUCUCAAAAACACUAUUACACCGCUAUGAAAAAAUUGGGACGAAAGAAACCACAGAAAGUUAUUAAGCGACCUAUAAAUCAUUUUUUAGCUAUGUUUUAUGAUUUAUCCAAUUCGAGAAGAUUUGAAAUUGCGAUAUUUGUACUGAUUUUUCUGAAUAUGCUAACCAUGGGCAUUGAGCACUACGAUCAACCGCAUGCCGUGUUCUUUAUACUGGAAGUAAGCAAUGCCUUCUUUACCACUGUCUUUGGUCUGGAGGCCAUAGUUAAGAUUGUGGGACUGCGUUAUCAUUACUUCACAGUACCCUGGAAUGUAUUUGACUUUCUGCUGGUGCUGGCCUCCAUCUUUGGCAUACUCAUGGAGGACAUUAUGAUAGACCUGCCCAUAAGUCCCACGCUGCUGCGUGUGGUGCGUGUGUUUCGCAUUGGACGCAUUCUGCGGCUCAUUAAGGCCGCCAAGGGCAUACGCAAGCUGCUGUUCGCAUUGGUUGUAUCGCUGCCGGCGCUGUUCAAUAUUGGCGCGCUCUUGGGACUGAUUACCUUUAUCUAUGCCAUACUGGGCAUGUCGCUGUUCGGGCAUGUGAAGCUGCAGGGCGCCUUGGAUGACAUGGUGAACUUCCAAACGUUUGGGCGCAGCAUGCAGCUGCUGUUUCGCCUGAUGACGUCGGCGGGCUGGAAUGAUGUGCUGGAAUCGCUAAUGAUACAGCCGCCGGACUGCGAUCCGUUCUUCAAUAGACAAACGAAUGGCGACUGUGGGCAUCCCUUGCUGGCCAUUACAUACUUUACGAGCUUCAUUAUUAUCAGCUAUAUGAUUGUGAUUAAUAUGUACAUUGCUAUUAUACUGGAGAAUUUCAAUCAGGCACAUCAGGAGGAGGAAAUAGGCAUCGUUGAAGACGAUCUGGAAAUGUUUUACAUACGUUGGUCCAAAUAUGAUCCACAUGCCACCCAAUUUAUACACUUCUCGCAACUGUCCGAUUUUAUUGCCUCACUCGAUCCACCAUUGGGCAUCUCGAAGCCCAAUAAUGUCGCUUUAGUGUCAUUUAAUCUGCCUAUAUCAAAGGGUAAUAAAAUACACUGUCUCGACAUUUUGCACGCGCUAGUUAAGCACGUGCUAGGUCAUGUCGAGGAGACCGAUAACUUCAAGCAGUUGCAGGAACAAAUGGAUGUCAAGUUCAAGAAACAGUUUCCAACGCGUAAAGAAUUGGAAAUUGUUUCGUCGACGCGGAUCUGGAAGCGCCAGGAAAAGGCUGCUAAGACCAUUCAAACCGCUUGGAAGGAGUAUUUGCGGCACAAGCGUGAAAAAGAACGCUCCAAUUCAGGCGACAGUGCUACACAAACCUCCAGUCCCGGCGGCUGGCAAUCGAAGCUCUCGGCGCUCAAUUUCUUUCAUCUGCAGGUCAGCCGCCGUGGCACUGCCUGCUCCAGUCGCGCCUCCUCGCGCAAGUCUUCACGUGCCUCUGAUGCCUCUGAUUUGAGCGAAUUGGCCGGUCCUUGGCUCAAUUUGCCGCUCAUGUUAGUCUCUGGCGCCGAUGAUGUCGUCAAGGAUAUAAAACAACAAAGCGAUGAAAUGGGCAAACGCGGUAGCAUAUUUGUGGAAGCGCCUAGAGCAAAUCGUCGCCGAAGCUUUUAUAAUUUCUUUUUGCGUCAUCAGGAUGCUGUCGAUGACAGCUUAACCUCACCUUCAGUACAUAGAAAAACUGCAAUAAACACCAACAACACCACCUCUACUUCCUCAUCCGCCUCCGCCUGCGCUAGCGCCACCACCACCACCAACGUCGAUAGUGACAACAAACUACAACAGGUGGUGCCGACUCCAACGCGCAAGCGCGCCUCUAGUUUUAUACGCAAGAAACCGCCCCUAGAAAGAGGUUUGUCAGCACAAAGCGCUUUAAGAGUUAACAAGAACGCUUUUGUCUCUGACGCAUCUGCACCGGAGGUGAUAGUGACGAAGCCGUCGCCGGAUCAGCAAUCGAUGCCGCACUCGCAUGCGCAUGCGCUGGGCUUGCGUCCGGACAAUGCCACGUUGGUGCAUGUGCUGGUGCAUCGCGAGAGCGAGGAGUACAAGGAGGAGGAUGAGACAAGCCUUUCAUCGCCGGGACAGAGCUCCAUGAACGGCCAGGCGUCGUCGGACAAGCCAAAGCCGCCACAAAUACGCAUAAGCACGGGCUCCGCGGAGAGCGCCAUGGACAGCUGCCUGAUACCCACAGUGCACAUAAUGGUUGACAGUCCAAAGGAGCCGCCGCGUGGCGACUUUAGCGCUGACAACGAGUUUGGCUAUGCAGCAACACAGCCUGUAGCCAUCGAUGUGGACGCGCCCAUUGAUGUGAAUGUGCAGGGUGAUACUUCCCAAGUGUUUUACGAAUACAAUCCCGAGCCGGAGCUGGAUGUAGUUGCGCUGGAGCAGGGCACAGAUAAUGCCAAUGGCUCAGCUGCUAACAACAUGCACAGAUGACCUUCAGUACUUGAGCUUGAGGCAGCUCAACAGCCAGAGCUAGAGCCAGAGCCAGUGCUGGAAUAUGCAAUCAGCAGCAGCAGCAGCGACACUAGCAGCUGCCAUAGCAGCAGCGGCAGCAGCAGCACCUCUACAGCUAGCCAGUCAACCGGAGCCGGCAGCGGGCAGCGUCCAAGUUGACAAUCUUCAAACUGAGAGCAAUUAUUUUUAUGUGCAUUUGAGAGAAUACUCUUAGCUGCUUAGAUUUAGGGCAUAUGGGGCAAUCAAUUCGGGGCCCCAGUUUGUUAUUACGAUUACGAUAUACGCAAUAUAUAUAUAUAUACUAGUCGCUUUAUACGAUACUAUCCAAUGUUUAUAACAUGCAAUGCGCUGUUGGCCUGGCAGCCGACUCUAGGCUAGUAUAGUUUAAUAUAUAUACAUCUAUAUAUACAUUACAUAGUUUAGCUUAGUACUAGCUUACGGAAUCAAUAUACAUAUAAACUCUGUGUUAACAAAGCGUGCAUUAAAAAACCGUACAGUGCGUACACGUUGUAAUACUCAAAUCAAAGUCAAAACCAAAAUCAUACGAUUUAAUAAUGAUGAUACGAUAUAACAAAUCGGUUGGUUUUCUGUUCAAGCAAUCAGUCAGUCAGUCAGUGAAGUAAUCAUAUCGACGGCCGAUUUUGAAGAUAAUUUAAAGGUUGUUUUACUUAUACAAUACCAAUACCAAUACCAAAUACAUAGAAAAUUUACAUAUAUUUGUAAUUAACAAUCGAGGCGUUAAGUUAGGCUCAUACUCAUACUAAUAGAAUUUAAUUUACUUG